CCCCCCACCCAGAGCGUAAGCCCGUUCAGGAAAAGAGGCAGGGACGCCAUACACAUUUCCUCUCGUUGAAUAAAGUCAUUCGCUUGCUCAGACGUCUUCUUGGGCCGUGUGCAUAAGCUUGGUUGCAAACAAGCACUGACUGACGGGCGGGCUACGCUGUGUUGGAGAGGGAGCAGAAGUGAAGAAGCGGAGACAUAAUUUCAGUCAUAUACAUAUUUUUGUUGUUUUAGUUAGAUUCGACAGCCGGUGUGGUAGCCAUGGCCCGUGGGCACCAGAAGAUCCAGUCCCAGCAGAAGAACGCCAAGAAGCAGGCCGAGGCGAAGAAGAGCAAAGGGCACGACCAGAAGGCUGCCGCCAAGGCUGCCCUGGUGUUCACCUGUGCAGUGUGCCGGACACAGAUGCCCGACCCGAAGACUUUCAAGCAGCACUUUGAGAGCAAACACCCCAAAUCGCCCCUGCCCCCGGAGCUGGCGGACGUGGAGGCCUGAGCGGGCGAGGCCGCGCUCUGCACAGUCUCAGAGCGCCGGUGAGACCCCCGCAGGUUCAGGACGAGCGUGCCGCCCCUGAGCUCGACUGCAGUUUCUCUCACAGGCAGCGAUGCAACCUUAACACUGACGCCAACUCGCCAUGUGGACUGUGUCGGUCUCCCUUUCUUACUUUCUGUGGAAACACUUUUUAUUUUAUUUUUUUCAGUUUAAAAAAAGUGCUGGUUUGGGGGUUAAUUUGGGUGCAGAAUUUGUCAGGAUAAUAAAUGGUUCAAGAACGUUCGAUUCAGUUGGAUUUCAAAACCGAGGCCCUUUGAAUUUCAUGAGAAUGAGAUGGUACUUCAAAAAGAUGCUAAAUUGUUUUUUUUUUGUUCUUAUUAGGUCAUCAAAAUUUGCUGUAACCAUCAGAUCAUCAGGCUUGAUUCAGAACAAAAACUAUCAAAGGUGGUGUUACACUGUUUAUAUUAUUUAAUAUCACCACUGUGCGGUUUUAAACGUGUCUCCAAAUGUUUCAAAUGUGCCGAUUUUUGUUGGAAAAUUGUUUUCGGCCAGAACAAUUGUUCGUCUGUUAGGGUCUCUGCAGUGCCCGGCGGUAUUACGUAUGAAAGAUUUUAUAAUGCCCUGAGAAAUGGAAGCCGAGCAUUUAUUGAUAGGAUGGUUGGAUGUUCCCCAGUGAGGGUAAUGUUUCUAUAUUCUGUACCACUUUGUAUUUAACAUUCACACGUCAAUGUGUACAUGGUGCAUAAAAUCAAUCAUUGCCUCAGAGAAAUGACCAUAUGAACAGAACCUAUGGUUUAUAUUUAAAUUCACUUGAAAGUCUUGAUUGGCACAGUGAAUCUAUUGGUUAUUGCGCAUAGUUCAAAGGCUGCUUUUGUUCGUUUUUAUUCCAGUAGUAUUGAGCAUCCUUGUAUUCCUUUGUGAUCAUGUUUUCUCCACGUUGAUUUGCCAUACUGUCAUUUGCUUCUUGUGAUAUCUGGUUUAAAAAAACUGGGAAAAUCGAAAUGGAACCACCUGCUUUGGCUUCUCUUGGCUUCCCUGUUUUCCUCUAAAAAUGAUUUCACAUUGAUUUACUGCUACCGGAAUCCUGAAAGCAUUCCCAUUCUGCAUGGCUUCGGUUUUUGUCACUUUCAGGAAUAAACGUCUGUUCUUUCCCUGAUUUCUGAAUGUGCUGUGUAUUGUAGUGUGUGUAGGUGGCCCUGUGGUGUACCCUUUUUGGACUGAGCUGUAGUUUUUUGCUGCUAAGUAGCUGUCAGUGUCUCAUUAUCGAGCUUCUCAAAAGUGCUAACGGAGGGGUGAUUGGAGUAAAUUGAGAAUCAGUCUUAUCUUCAGCCUAUUUAUAAUCCUCUGCUGUAAUGAACCACUGGUGUAUGGCAGCACUCCGCUGUCCUAGAGACUGGUCUGUUUUUCAGCAAAAUUUUUACUCUUGUAAUUUUAAAUGUGCCCCUAUGAUGUAAUAUAACAUUUUAAUAAAGUAUUACUUUGGUUAAUA